GGGGAGCAUGGCAGAGACACAGGGACAUCCCAGCUGCCCGGGGCUGGGGAGGGGGGCACGGUGGCGUCUGACCCCCAGGCGGGGGGCAGAGCCCUCGGCCCAACCCCCUCCGGAGGUCCCUGUGCUUGGUUACCCCGCCGUUGCCAUCCUCACCUGGGCAGCGAGGAAAAGAAGGAGCCCACCACCACCACCACCACCAGCACCACCCCUCCCUGCCCCCUGGAGAGGCGGGCGGACCCUCCCAGCGAAGCCAGCGGGGGAAGCGGGCUGGAGAAGGGCGGAAAGGCGGGCAGCCCCCCACGUCCCCCAAGCAAAGCACCCGAAGGGAGAGGAGCAGAAAUCUCUCGUGCAUUCCGAUCAGGGUUUGUAGCUGAAGGGACCUCGAAAAUGACACUCUUGGCUUCUGAACGUUCAAUGCUCAUCCGAAGCAAGUUCCGCUCCGUACUCCAGCUGCGAAUGCAACACCGGAGGUCCCAAGAGCAACUCUCUGAACGUCAUCUGCUUCCAGCACUCAACAAACCCCUCAUGACCUUCUCGCAGCCCAAUGGGACGCAGAGCCAGAACAAGGCCAAUGAAAUUGCAAAGCUGAAAGUCCCGCCCCGGCCCCACAAGUCCAGCACUGCUAAGGGCCAGCUGGCAGAAGUGCCUCCAGGUGACCCUUCUGAGCUACAAGACAAAAAGGCUCGCCUGGCUGAAGACCUGAGUGAGAAGAUCCUCCACCGCCCUGGACCACUUGAGCUGGUGAAGAAAAAUAUCCUCCCCUUGGACCCAGGCCUCAAGAAUGCCAUGACAGAUGGAGCUCCUGCUGCUCCCGACUCCUUCAGCUUUGAGGAAGAUCUCAGUAGUUCAUCUUCAUCUUCCUCCUCCUCCUCCCCGUGCUUUGCACUCUCUCCUGGAAGUGCCCCUGGCCAUCCUUCCUCCUCCUCCUCCUCCUUUCAACUGGACCUAUCUCCAAUCCUCACAGAUCAACAGCCCCCUGUGUCAUCAUCCACCUCGGAGGCCGAGUUCCCUCUCCCAGGGGGGAGCCCCCUCACCAAGCCUUCGAUUUCUCUCCUCAAGGCCCCACCCAAGGUCCCCGAGGCCAGGAAACCUCCACGCCCCAAGAAGGCCAAGGAGCCCCGACCCAAGGUGAAGAAGCUCAAGUACCACCAGUAUAUGCCCCCAGACCAGAAAGGGGAGCAGGCGUCAGUGCCCAUGGAUGCCGCCUAUGCCCGCCUCCUGCAGCAGCAGCAGGUCUUCCUGCAGCUCCAGAUUUUGAACCAGCAGCAGCAGCCAACACCAACGUCGCCGGCCACCUUCUGUGUUCAAGCCCUGCAUGCCGUCCCAGCCAGUGCUCCAGAUCAAGCGCUGAGCUUUUCAGGGACCCCUGCCCCACCAAGUGGGCCUCCUCCACUGCCUCUUUCCUCUCCAGCCACUCCAGCCUCCUCUUCACCACCCAAACCGGAACUGCUCCCUGCCAACUUGGAGGAGCUCACGGUCUCUGAGCUCCGUCAGCAGCUCCGCAAGCGAGGCCUUCCUGUCUCAGGCACCAAGCCAGCUCUGUUGGAGCGCCUCAAGCCUUACCAGGUGGCCCGGGCCAAGCCUCCGCCUGUCCCACUUUCCAGCACCCGCUUGGCACCUUCUGACCUGGAAGAGGAGGCUCAGGCCCUGCGGGAGAAGCAGCGAGUUGCCGAGAAUCUGGCGCUCAAGCUCCACCGGGAGCAGAAACACCACCACCAACACGACCUACGGGUGGAGCUAGAGAUGCACAGGAGGAUCAAGAACCGCCGCAAGGGAGCACUACCGUCACCCAGCCAGCAGGGGGCACCUCCACCUUAUGUCCCAAAGAGAGAGGACAAUAAGGAGGCGGGAGGCACAGAAGACGGUUUCGUGGUCUUAUGCCCUCCAUCCUGCGAGCCAAUCAAUUCAGAUAUGGAGCUGCCCCUUGAAAUCACAGCCAGCCCUCCUGACUCAGUGCCAGGAACCCGAUCCCUUGAGGAGGAGCUCCAAGAGGCCAUCCAGAAAGCUCAGCUGGUGCCAAGCCAAUCAAUUGAAGACAUCUUAGAGGAACCACUGAUGUGUACAGGUGACCUUCUCCAAGCACCUUCCUUGACCCCAGAAAUCCCCAACCAAGUUGCCCCAUCCCCCCUCGUCCACCAAGAAGCACCGCCCCCAAAGAAGCCCCGGCCCAGCAGUGAACCUCCUCUGGUGACCUCUGCCAUCUUUGAUUUUCCUGGACCUUAUGAUUUCCUCUCAACAGCUUCUUCCUCAUCUGCAUCCCUGGACUCGCUGUCCUCUGUAUUCUCUCCUGACUCUCUGGAGAUGCCCCCAUCCCCACCAGAUGCCUGGCAAGGAAGUGGGACCCGUGCCGGAUUCGAUCCCGUUGAUUGGCUGGAGGCCUUGACUUCUGGCUCAGCCUCGGGCCUAGGCUCUACCAGCCCUGUUGGCAGCAGUAUCUUCUGCACGGACUUUUUCGAUUCAUCUGACCUCGGAGUCAACCACAUGAUAGACCUAAUGGUGGAACAGUGGUAGAUGGGGUGCCAGUAGCCCAACUGGGUCCCAAAGGCCUGAAGGGAAAGGAGGAGAAUCCUCCUUAAGCCCUAUGAGGUCAUAGCAGUACUGGGUACCAGCUUGAAUGGGUGAGAACGACCAUGUUUGAGUUGUCAGCAUCACACUUCCUCAAAGAUGGUUUUGUUUCUGUUAAUGCCAAAUCCAGCUACUCACUUAGAGGAAUUAAGUCACUGAUGUUUGGGUUGUGUCAGUGACAUGCCGCCUCUCAGUUGACCAGGGAACCUCAGAAUGCUCUGCUGUCUCCAGUGAUGUGGCCAUCUUGAAAUACCAAUGUUUGGGAGGCUGACAAUCAGCCAGACACGUUGGAUGGGUAAAAUCCUGGUUCAGGACAUCACUGACCUUAAGAAGCCAUCAUAGAUAGAUUAAAGCAUUUCUUGUUUUUCUGUGAUAUCAUCAUGAAGUGAUUAAACUAAUCUUGACUGGAAUGAACGGUAGACAUCUGGUCCUUAGCAAUGUUGGAAGCCAUCUUGGAUUAAAACUUUGGCGAAUCAGCGAAUUCUACCUGCCACCUUGAAUGUCUGCAUCAAGUUGACUCUGAUGUCAUUCACAGAAGGGGAAACACUGUGAUCCAAGGUGAUGUCACCUUCAAGAAGCCGUGUUGCUUGUUUUAAGCCAUGAGGACACCAUCAGUUCUUCAAUAUCGGGGCUGUCCCAUCAAUUCUGAUGUGGCUGAGGACAAGAAGCAUAAAUUCCACCUUGGCUGGGGCAUACCAUCUUGUUUUUUUGAACCAAACAGAAGGCAAGUGUCAACUCUGAAACCAACUUGGAUGGUGCAAUCUCAAGCCCUUACGGGGUUGGGCAAGAAGCUACCAUUUCUAGGGGCCACCCUCAACAGACUAUACCAGCAGCGGCAACUUCAUGUUUUCCUAAGUAUAUGGGAGGGUGGGGCGACACCUUCUGUGUUGGGGACCGUACCAUCUUUAGUAGGUGGUGAAAAAGAGAUGCAAUGCGAAGAGGAGAUGCCACCUUUGACAGCUGAUGCCAUUCUAAUUCUUAAAUUCUUAUUUUCAUUUGUACUUAGUGUUAUGAAGUAGAGGGACCGUGUGCAUACACUUGGCUCAAAACCAUUCUUUCAACCAGGAGCGGGGCGGAGGGGUGGUGGUGCAAUGGCUCCCUAAGGGAGCUAAAGUGGAGGGUGCCUCUUUCACAGGAAUCUGUGGUGAUGGGUCACAUCCAAGUAACCAAAGGUUGCUGGGAAAUUUAGACCAAGGGGUUUAUGGAAGGCCCAAGGCAUAGGUGUGGUAACUGCUUGUGCUAUGUGGAAACUGAAGGCAUAUCUAACUAAAUACUUACACUGAUUGAAUAAUAGUCAUUCCCUCUGCAUGGGAAACCCUGGAACUGUAGUUCUUUAAGAAAGACUAGGGUGCUCCAACAGAAUUCCCAUCACCCUCAGCAGACUACAGUUCCCAGGAUUCUUUGGAAGGAAUAAAACAGUGAAAUGGAUAUAAAAUCACUAUAUUUUUGAAGUGUAGAUAUGCUCACAGUGUGUGUUUGUUCUCAAACUCAAGGCCAAAUCUGUGUACUUCUACAGUUUCCCUAACUGGGGAGGUGUGAUUUUCAUCAGGAAAACAGCACAGAAGGAGAGAAUGGAGCUCCUCAUCUCCCAGCACAGUGGUCCUGAUCUGAAUCCACCUCUUCCUAGGCAACCUUUUACAGAUAUAUAAAGAGAUGGGAGAUUCAGAGAACUCUGUCUUUUCUAAUAUGGUCCUAAGAUACAAGGACAAACCCUGUUCUGUUACUGUCAUGACAUGCAAUGUUGUCCUGAGAUUAUUCUGCCAAUUUGAAGCAGGAGUUGCACAGAGUGCUGAUUGGCUGGACACUUCUGACAUCAUGAAGCACACAAACUCUCUCUCCUCUGGAUGCUUUUUUAGUUUUAAAGAACAAACAAUUAGGGUGGGGCUUUUAAAGAGAAAAAUCAAGUGUUGUGUGCUUGUUUAAAUAUCAAACCAUAUAAAUUGGGUUUUAACAAAUAACAAAAAAAGCAGACAGCCCACCAGAAGUAUAGGGGAAUGGGCCAAACAGGCAAGGAAAUCAGUUCUCAAUACGAAGGCAGGUACGUCUGUCUUUGAAGAGCGAAGGCGAGGGAGAGCUGAGCUCACCCCACAUGAACAAAAGAGCAUGUUGCUUUUGUAGGUGUCUAUGCACCCUAACAGUCGUUCACUACAGAGAUUCCAAGCUUGGGUUCCCAGAUGUUGGACUACGACUCUGAUAGAAGUUGUAGUCCAACAUCUGGAAACUCAAGCCUGGGAACCCCUGCACAGUAGCAUCAGCAGCUGUAAAGUACUUUCCCUCUGCACUGUCCACAACACUGCCUUGGUUUACACACCAUUGACCUGGCACUGUAAACAGUACAAAAGUGAAAUAACUUACCACUAGAGUAACCUGUUGCUGUUGGAGAUUGUAAGCACAAACACAUCCACAUAGCACAUACCUCUGUUGCCCAAAGGUCACCAAAGCUCUCUGCUUGCAACUCUGCACCCCCACCCCCCACCGUCCAGGGUGACUCCCUUAUCAUCGUGAACCAGUCAUAAAGCUGAGCAUGUUGGCAUUUAGAGUAUGUAAAUGGUGAGUUCUACUUAUUUUGAACCAGUCCUCUUGACGCGUUCCAUUUUGUUCUCCACAAGCAAGGAGCUGCUGUGGAAAGAAUCCAGAGGUGGGCCUCACACACUGUCCUUCCCAACACAGAUAUACCCAUCACCUUGCAUCUCCUGUUCACUCCCGGAAUAAACACAAUUUCUCGCUGCCUCAAA